GGUUAAGUUUUAUUUAACAUUGAUUAACCUCAAAUUGUUUGUGCAAUUUCGUAGUUUUGUUUUUUUAUAACAUUUUCGUAAUUUGGAUUGAACAAAAAGAAAUAUCAACAGCAAAUGAGUUGUGGCUGGUGAAUUUUCCUAAUUAAAAAAUGGCAGUAAUAGGAUCGGCGACAGAUACACUUAACACCGCUCUUAAAUCUAACAUUGUACCCGAUCAAGAAUAUUUACUUCAAGGUUCGGUGUUAGACCAGUAUGUUGAGGUCUUACUUCAUAGACUGAGGGGAUUAUGUGAUAACGUAGAUAGUGGACCGGAAUCUUUUCACGAUCAUGAGUUAUGCUUUACACUGCGUGCAACCUCAGGUCCGGGAUCUGCAAUGGUAUUACCGUUAAGAGUUCGAAGAGCUUUGGAUGUACCAGAGGCUCCGUGGCAGCUACGUUACGUAGGGCAACACGAACUGGGAGAUAAAAACAGGCCUACAGUUGUUCGAUCAAGUAUCGAUAUGGCAUGCAGUUCUACAAUUGUAGAAUUUCUUACCGAAUUGGGUUGCAGAAUGGAUUUUGAAUACAUAUCUAGGGGCUAUAUGUUUAGGAAGGGACGUAUGAAAAUAACCGUGUCGAAAGUAUUUAAAAUGGGUGGUUUGACUAAUAAACCAGGUGAAAGUGUUGAACCUAUUUCACAGAGUUAUUUAGUUGAGUUAUCAGUUCUAGCUCCGUCGGGUCAAGAUGCAAUUGCAGAAGACAUGCGGGUGUUUGCAGAACAAUUAAAGCCUUUAGUCCACUUGGAAAAGAUCGAUUAUAAACGACUGGCUCAUUUACAAUAAAUUUAUAACUUUUUUCUUUAAUUUAUUAUAUUUGCUAGUUGCUACUGUA